ACAAGUGAUCGUCAACAUUAUCCUCCACUUACUGCGGCAUGUGUCAAGAAUCUUGUGGAUAAAUUAUUCGAAAAACGAAAGCUGGCCGCUGCAGAGAUUGAACGGUACACAAAAUUUUUGUAUACUGAUUACGGAUUAAAGAAUAACCAAGGAAGCUUUCGCACAAGACAAUCAAGAUUUCGUUAUGUCACCAAAUCCUCAUACAAGAAAAGGUGGCCUACUCGGGUUGGCCUCUGUAGCGGUCGGAUUAAGCCAGGUAUUUCCAUCCGUCAUUAUCACCAGUGUGUUCAGAAUGCUUCGUUGUAUCAUGGGGCAAUUAUUGUUCCUGUCAUCAGAAUGUUCCACGACAAUGACUCACGCGUGCGGUAUUAUGCUUGCGAAACACUCUACAAUGGCGUCGCUGAUCCCGACCUGAAUGUUCGUCAGGGUGCUUUACAAUGUGAUCGCCUUUUGAAGGAAAUCGUUACUGAACCCGAUUUUCCCAGUCUCACCGAAAUUGUUAAAACAAUGUCAUUUAUUCCACCUUGCGACGAAUGUAACUUUCUUGCAUUAGUUGUGCAAAUACAAGUAAACGCUUUCUCAAAGAAUGCCCACGAACUUUGCAUUUAUCCGUUCAAUCAUGCCCAUCGUGAACCAUCUAACCGUAUCUCAUUCCUCCUUCAGGAAAAUCUUUAA